CACAGUCGUCAUCAGUUCGAAAGUGAAUCAAUCUGACCAUUACUGCUCCCAGCAUUUCAGAGAAGAGUUUACAAUGGACUGUAACAAAUUAGGAAUGGAUACAUGUAUAUAUUUUUGAGAACCUCACUUUUCGAGAAGCUCGUUUCCUGCCACCUCACUCCGACAUCUACUCGCCUCCAACUAUUGUUCUAUUGGAUUUGAGAUUGGUCCUUGCAACCAGCCUUCACUAUGACUACAUUUGACUUCUCGGACGUUGAGGCGUUUUUAGAUUGCCACCCAGAUCUUUUUGAGGAGUAUCUUGUUCGGAGAGCCAAAUGUGAUCAGGUGAGCAGGUGGCUGAAGGAGCAUCAGCCGUCGAAAGUGUCCACAGUGGAGGAGAAGCGGGGCGCUGCCAUGGACCCGCUCUGGCCCACCAGCACUGACGGGCUCCGACGCAGAUCGUCUCACAUGGAACUGCGGCGGAACUUCGCCCGCUCCAAAGCCCACACUGCGCACCGCACAUACGACGAGCAUGUGAGCUUAAGUGAACACGAGUCUCAGUCAAGUAUGAGGCGCCGUGCGCUCCUGCGUAAAGCCAGUUCGCUGCCGCCGACCACCGCGCACAUCUUGAGCGCCCUGCUUGAGUCCAGAGUCAACGUGCCUCAGUACGCAUCCAGUGCCAUAGACUACAAAUACAGACUGAGAGAAACCAAUGAGAGGGAGUUCUUCUUAGAGUUAGUGAAGGAUAUAUCUAAUGAUUUGGAUCUGACCAACCUGAGUUAUAAAAUUCUGAUCAACGUGUGCAUCCUGGUAGAUGCAGAUAGAUGUUCGCUUUUCCUCGUCGAGGGACCCGCUCACAAAAGGACACUGGUGUCCAAAUUCUUUGAUGUGCACUCAGGCACCACAGUCAGACCAUCAUCCAGCACUCUGAACUCCAAUGAAGUGCAAGUACCAUGGGGGAAGGGCAUCAUUGGAUAUGUGGCAGAGCAUGGAGAGACUGUAAAUAUCUCAAACGCAUAUGAGGACCAUCGCUUCAGUGAUGAGAUAGACAAGUUAACUGGUUAUAAGACUCAGACCAUCCUCUGCAUGGCCAUCUGCAACAGUGAUGGAGAAAUCAUUGGUGUUGUGCAAGCAAUUAAUAAAAAUCCAAUGGGUACCCCUUUUACUGAGGACGAUGAAAAGGUUCUACAGAUGUACCUGCCGUUCUGCGGAAUAUCAAUUUCCAAUGCCAAGCUGUUUUCAGAGUCUCGCAAGGAGUAUGAGAGGAGUAGGGCUUUGUUAGAGGUGGUCAAUGACCUUUUUGAAGAGCAGACUGACCUGGAGAAGAUUGUCAGGAAGAUCAUGCAGCGAGCGCUGACACUGCUGCAGUGUGAACGCUGUUCUGUUCUUCUUUUAGAGGACAUUGAUUCACCUGUUGUGAAGUUCUCCAAAACAUUUGAGCUCAUGUCUCCCCUGUGCAACAUGGACCGAGAUAUCAGCAUGGAGAAGUUAUCCUGCUCAGACUGGCUGAUCAAUAACAGCAUUGCUGAGUUGGUGGCUUCCACAGGACUGCCUGUUAACAUCAGUGACGUGUGUCAGGACCCACGCUUUGAUGCUGAGGCAGACCAGGCCUCAGGCUUUCACAUCAGAUCUGUGUUAUGUGUCCCUAUAUGGAAUCGAACUCAUCAGAUAAUUGGGGUGGCGCAAAUUCUGAACCGCCUGGACAGGAAGACGUUCAAUGAUGCAGAUCAGAGACUGUUUGAGGCAUUUGUCAUAUUCUGUGGGCUUGGAAUCAACAAUACUAUGAUGUACAAUCAAGUUAAGAAGACAUGGGCCAAACAGUCUGUAGCACUUGAUAUGCUGUCUUACCAUGCCACCUGCUCCAAAGUAGAAGUUGACAGACUUAAGGCUGCCAAGAUCCCCCUGAGCGGUGAGCUAGGCAUUGAUGAGUUCCACUUCAAUGACUUCUCCUUGGACAAUGACGCCAUGAUCACGGCUUCACUCAGGAUGUUUCUGGAACUUGGUGUGGUCCAAAAGUUUAAAAUUGAUUAUGAGGUUUUGUGUCGCUGGCUUCUGACUGUGAGGAAAAACUAUCGAACUGUGGUGUAUCAUAACUGGAGGCAUGCUUUCAAUGUGUCACAGUGCAUGUUCGUUAUGAUCACGACAGCAAGUUUCCAGGAUGUCCUGUCAGACGCAGAGAUAUUGGCACUGAUGGUCGGUUGUUUGUGCCAUGACUUGGACCACCGAGGCACCAACAAUGCAUUUCAAGCCAAGACAGGCUCUGCUCUGGCUCUGCUGUAUGGAACAUCAGCCACCCUGGAGCAUCAUCACUUCAACCAUGCUGUCAUGAUCCUGCAGAGUGAGGGCCACAAUAUCUUUGCAAACCUAAGCUCUAAAGAGUACAGCAACAUGAUGCAACUAUUGAAACAGGCAAUUCUCUCCACAGACCUCACUUUGCACUUUGAGCGCAGAACCAAAUUCUUUGAGCAUGUUCUGUCUGGAGAAUUCAGCUGGACAGAUGAAGGACACAGAGAAGUUCUCAGGUCUAUGCUGAUGACAGCAUGUGAUCUGGGAGCUGUCACUCGUCCAUGGAAGAUAUCCAAGCAGGUUGCAGAGCUGGUGACGAGUGAAUUCUUUGAACAAGGGGACAGAGAGAGGUCUGAACUUAAGUUAACCCCGGCAGCCAUCUUUGACCGGAAUCGCAAAGAUGAACUACCUGCCUUACAGCUAGAAUGGAUUGAUGGGAUCUGUAAACCCCUGUAUCAGGCACUGCUGAAGCUCAACAGGAAGUUACAGCCAAUGGUGGAUGGGAUAGAUGCCAAUCGACAGAAGUGGCAGGAACUCUGUUUAUCAUACCAGCAGACACGCAGAGCCUCAGGGUCCAUCCAGAGCACAGAAUCAGGUCAGAAUACUGAGUUCUGUGCCAAUGAAGAAAGCAGUGAACGAUUGGAGUGCACGGACCGAGUGAAGCCAGUUGAAAACAUCCCAUUUGGGUCAAAGUCUGAGUGCAGUGAGGAUCUGAGACGCAGAGCAAACAAAGAGUCCUGUGAUGAUGCAUCAGCAACACCUGGAAACAUAACAGGAAGGAAGUAAAGAAGGUUUUAAAGCAGGGAAGUGUUAUGUAGGUUGAUCCACUGAAUGGCACACAUGGGACUCUUAAAAUGCCCUGUGAUUUUCUAACGCUGGCACUAGGAAAAUGAAAUGCUGGUCUAAUCAGUUGAGCCUAUGGCUUCUCCCAAGCAUCACUGUGUUCAACUCAGGAGUGGGGUGAAAUCCCAUCGGUUAAACUCUAUUCAAAGGGUAUUGUUCCCAUGUGUAUGUAUACAUCUGAAAGUGUUUUAUCUUUAAGACAAAACGACUGCUGAGACCAAAGAGGGCCAUUUACUAAUGUGAUGUUUUUAUUGGGACAGUCUCAAAAAUCACAAGCCCAUUGGAAUGCCUUUAAAAAACGAAAGGAAUCACUGUGACGUGUCACGUAAAUUACCGUUAUGAAUGUAGACUGGAGCAUUAUCUUGUUCCUGAAUGUUUAAAGACAGGCUGUCUUACCUUCGUUACAGAUAUUUUGGCUGCAUGGUAUUAUUUUUGGUGUUUGUUAAAUAAGUUGUCAGUCAACUCGUUCUGUGAACUGCAUGUAUGUCAUAUCAAUAGUAUAUCGUGCCAUGCUUUGACAGAAAAAAAAAAGGGGGGGGGGGGGGGGUUGAGUGUAUUAAGAUUUUGUAGUAACUUAAUUCAAAACCUCUGGCCUGUUUGUGUGUGAGUAUGUGUUUGAGUGUGUGUGCCAUUACCUAUAAAUGUCUUGAAAAUUCAUUACCAUUUUCUCACUUCAUUGUGCUCAUGUAAACUUACAGAAUAUUUUUGUAAAAUACAAUAUUAUUUCCACCCAUCUGAGUUAAACACAUUUUUUCCUUGUUUGUUCAGUUUAAAUCAGAUCUAAUUCUGCUUCUCUGCUCUUUAAAGUACCAUUAAGUAAAUUCAAA